GCCUAAAAGUCGAUUGACUGUGUUGAAUGGGACCCCCCUCAAUUACACAUAGUGGUACGCUCCAGUAAGAUGCAUUGUAAAUAUCCGGCCGCUGGAGGACGCACAAGAACUGUCAUUUCAAAGACAUCUGUUCUUUGUUUAAUUCUUUUGCUAGGUGUAGCUUUUAUUGUUUGGGGCGCGGUGGUAUGUGUAUCCGUUCGGUGCUUGAAAUCAAGACAUCUCAUUUCGUUUUAACCAGACAAAAAAUAUAGCGGGCCUUCAAAAUAAAAGCGCAGCAUUUUUGACAGCGCUGCUUGCGGACUGAUAAACACACAGAUGCCUUGUGUCAGAAAACAGAACAAACUGGAUCCAACAGCUCCAGACUGAAAAACACAUUCUAGUUGUGCUUAGGCUGGCGCGGUGCUGCCAUCUCCUGGUUGCCGGCAAAAAAGCGGCACUGCUGGCCAAUCCUCCACUGUACCAAAACACCAGCGGUCCUCCAGCGCCUGUCACACACGUUUAUCUGUGAGAGCUGUACCGUCCAGUCCUCCGAGCGGAGUGGGGCUCUUAUAGGGGGGGAUACGCGGUCACAGAAGGGACUCAAAAGGGCUGGCUGCGGUUUCGUCGAGGAGUUUAUUUUUGAGAUAUGAGUCAGCGUAACACAAUAUUCAAGCUUGCCAGCUAGUGGUGUGUGAUCUGGAGGGAGAGGAAAGGACAGCAGAGAAUAUGGAGGUGUCUGAUGGCUUGCUGCUGCAGGUCAACAAUGGAGAGCAGUGGUGUAACCGCUGGAAACAUCCCAAUGAAGACUCGGACCGCAGCACCAGCCCGUCUGUCCUGCGCUGUGUUACCAGUACAUGGAAAGAGGGUCUGCUGAACAGAAAGAGGCCCUUUGUGGGCCGCUGCUGUCACUCCUGCACACCACAGAGCUGGGAGAGACUCUUCAAUGCCAGUAUUCCAUCUCUGGGACUACGCAAUGUCAUCUACAUCAAUGAAACCCACACCAGACAGCGCGGAUGGCUGGCACGCAGGCUGAGUUAUGUGCUGUUUGUCAUGGAGAGAGAUGUCAACAAGGACAUGUUCACCAGGAAUGUAGUGGACAACGUGCUCAACAACAGCAGGGUGGAGGGUGCUAUUGUGGAGGUGGCCGCAGAUCUGGAUGCUGCAGCCAGUCAGUCUGGCCAGGAGCAGAAAGCUGUCAGUAAAGUGAAGCAGAAAGCCAGGGCAUUCCUCCAGGAGAUGGUGGCCAACAUUUCACCAGCCUUUAUCAGGCUGACAGGAUGGGUCCUUCUGAGGCUCUUUAACGGUUUCUUCUGGAGCAUCCAGAUCCACAAGGGCCAGCUGGAAAUGGUCAAGAAAGCUGCCACAGAGCAAAAUGUGCCCAUGGUUUUCCUGCCCGUACACAAAUCCCACAUCGACUACCUGCUCAUCACCUUGAUCCUGUUCUGUCACAACAUCAAAGCCCCGCACAUUGCUGCAGGAAACAACCUAAGCAUCCCUAUCCUCAGCACUCUGAUCCGUAAACUUGGAGGAUUCUUCAUACGACGGAAAAUGGAGGAGACGGAGGACGGGAAGAAAGACAUUCUGUACCGGUCGCUCUUACAAGCAUAUACGGAGGAGUUGUUGCGUCAGCAGCAGUUUUUGGAGGUCUACCUGGAGGGGACCCGCUCCCGCAGUGGCAAGCCGUCUACAGCUCGUGCCGGCAUGCUGUCCCUUGUGGUUGACACGCUUUGCACUGGGUCCAUCCCAGACGUGCUGGUGGUGCCGGUCGGCAUCUCCUAUGAUCGUAUUAUUGAGGGCAACUACAAUAGCGAGCAGCUGGGCAAACCGAAGAAGAAUGAGAGUCUGUGGGGAAUAGCAUGUGGAGUGUUCAGGAUGCUGAGGAAAAACUACGGCUGUGUGAGAGUUGACUUCAACCAGCCCUUCUCCCUAAAGGAGUACCUGGACUCCCAGAGAAGCCGCCAUGUUCCACCACCAGUCUCCCUGGAGCACACCUUGAUGCCCAUGAUCAUCUCUGCUCAACCCGAUGCUCAGCUGUUUGAGGGGCAGGAGGAGGAGCAGCUGAACCGAGAGCUGCCCGACGACAUCUUGAGACGACAACUUAUUAACAACCUGGCCAAGCACGUCCUCUUCACGGCUAAUAAGUCCUCAGCGAUCAUGUCUACCCACAUCAUAGCCUGUCUUCUGCUUUACAGACACAGACAGGGGGUUGUGCUGUCCAAGCUGGUGGAAGACUUCUUCAACAUGAAGGAGGAGAUCCUGUCGCGGGAUUUCGAUCUGGGCUUUUCGGGAAACUCCGAGGAUGUGGUCAUGCGUGCCCUCCACCUGCUGGGAAACUGCGUCAACGUGACCAGCAGUGCAAACCGCAACGGAGAGUUCACGAUCGCGCCGAGCCAAACUGUACCGGCGCUUUUCGAGCUCAACUUUUACAGCAAUGGCCUUUUCCAUGUCUUCAUUUCUGAUGCAAUCAUCGCCUGCAGCAUCCUGUCACUGCAGCGAGAGAUGGUGGUGGAAUCGGAGUCUGAUAAUCUGCCUGGUGGUCUCAAUAGUCUCCCUAUCAGUCAGGAGAGACUCAUUCGCAAAGCUGCCGGGCUCUCCCACUUCCUUAUCAAUGAGGUCACUGUGGCACCGCCCUGUCAGACUAUUUACCAGGUUUUCCACGAUGCUGUGACCCGAUUGAUCCAGUACGGAGUUCUGUACGUGGCAGAGGAGGACCAGGAGGAACUGAGUCCCAGCCCCACAGACGAACCGUGGCCCAAAAAGUUUCCUGAGCCCCUUUCCUGGAGAAGCGACGAGGAAGAUGAAGACAGCGACUUUGGAGAGGAGCAGAGAGAUCGCUACCUAAAGGUGAGCGUCUCCACAGAGCACCAGGAGUUCUUUGUCUUCUUGCAGCGACUCGUCAGCCCCGUGCUAGAGGCCUAUAGCGGGGCGGCGAUUUUUGUCCACAGUCUGAGUCAGCCAAUGUCUGAGUCCGACUACACCGGGAGGCUCUUCAGAUACCUGCUCACCCGCACAGAGCGAGGAGUGGCUGCUUAUGGUGAAAGUGCAACGCAUUAUUUGGUGAAGAAUACAGUGAGGACAUUCAAGGAGCUUGGGGUCCUGAAGGAGAGACGGGAGAACCGGGUGACGACUCUACAGCUGAGCAGCACUUUUCUACCUCAGGCCAAUCGGAACAAACUCCUGCAGUACAUCUUAGGUUUCACCCUGCUGUGACCGAGACACCUUUCAGACCCCAGGCUCCUUCCAACAAAGGGCUUCUACUGGUUACUUCUAAACAAUCCCAGGUGCUACUCUGUGGAAAGCUUUACCAGGAAGUGCCUUCACGUAACAGCCGCUAACCAUUAGCUGUUAGCCGGAAGAGACUUGAAGCCAGUCUUCCCGUUUGGUUCCAGUCUACGACUCCCUGUCUUAGAACUGCACAGCUGAUGAAACGCGUGUAUCAUUCUUUGAAGAGGUACCUCCCUUUGGGAACCUCCUGUCGUGAAGUCAUGAGGUUUUAAUAAUGAUCACGAUUUUAAGAUAUACUCAAGCAGGUUAGUGAAUAAGAAUCACUUUUACAGCAAUCUGAAUAAAUCAAGCUGCCUUUCGUCUAUACAAGUGAACAAGCAAAAUAUGCAUAGGAAAUAAUGGUAAAUAUUACCAUCAACAAAGGCAUUUUUAUGUUGAUUAUUUCUGCUCGUUUGUAAAACUGCUGUAUUCUCUCCAGUGCGCUCCACUAUCAUAUAGUAGAAAAACAUGUAAAAUGUAGUUUGAUGAAAGGCUCAUUUUGAAAAUUGAAAAACUGUACAUAAACCACAAGAUCAAUGUCUCUCAUGUAUAGUGCAUUUAAUAAAUGCACACUUGUGUCAUUGGAUUCCCUGCAAAAUGCAUACAUAUCCAGAUUUUCCUCAACAAAACCUUCUGUCAAAGUCAAAUCCACCCUGUAGACAGCUUUGGUCAGUUAUUUCCCAGUCAAUCAGUCGAGCUGUGCAACAAUAUCUACCUGGCAAACACGAAAAGAACGAGCAUCUACAGUUAAGUGCAUUCAAACCACUAAUAUCUAAGUGCAUUCAGUUCCACUUUUCGUUUCUUGAUGAAAAGUGACUUUGAUCUCUCUGUUUAACACCUUUUUUCACUUUUCAAUGAAUGUGACAUAGCGCAGCACUUACAAUACCAGCCAUCACAUCCACUGAAGUUCAGCUACAACAAGCUCAGAAGCUCUUUGGUCAUGCCUUUCAGGUUCAGGGAAAGCAGAGAUAUGGGAUAACCAUGUUUUUCACCCGAUUAUAAGCUCACUGUAGAAAAGCCGUCAUAGCAUCACCUCGAUCCAAUGGUUGGGCAUUCACAAGGCAGAAGAGCUGCAUAGUGUGGUGAUAAUAAAUGGUACAUAGCCGCUGUGUAAUCCAUCCCAGGAAAAGGUCAAGACUGUAAGAGCUGGCUGUUUGUGUGAACAAGAUAUAGUGUCUCUGUUGUACUGUCAUGAAAGAAAGGAGGGGACGUCUUCCUCCUUUGGUUUCUUUUACAUGCAGACUGCUGCAAGGAGCAGUGAUAUUUCUGAAAAUAACAGUCUGUCAGGUUUACCUUUUCUUUACUGUUCUCGGUUAAGAUUUUCAAAAUCAGUCUAAAAUUGUCAUAAAAACACACUUCAGACUACCAGGAGCUUGUGAUCAAAACGCAUGUGAUUAAAAAGAAAAAAAAAAGAGUCAGGCAGGUUAGAAGUAAAGGCAAUGAGUCGGUCAGGAACAUUGAAAAAACAAAAAACAGUAGUGAGGAUUCUCAGUCAUCCAGGCCGUGGUAUAUCUAAGAGCUUUACGAAGGCAACUGGGCAAAAGAAACACAAGAUAAACUAAAGAAAAUCAAAUCAAAUCCAGUUGCCUUCGUACAGCACUUGGAUAUAUAUAAAAAACAUACCAGAACUCCAUGCGUGAAAUUAAACCCUCAUAGUGAAACCUCACUGCACAGAGCCUGUGCAUUCAGCUGCAGAACAUUUCUCAUUAUUAGUGUAAGAUAACGUCACAGGACUCAAUAUUUAGCUCUUGUCUAUAUAUGUGCGUAAGUCUGCGUCUGAAUAGAUUUUGCAUAGAACAUAAACGUACAACAUCUAGGCUAAUGUUGGUGAAUGAGUGAAACCAACUGACGGGAAGAAGGAGAGGGGGAGGGAGUGUGUUCGGAGAGGGCAGAGUAAGUUUGAUGAAUAGUUGGUGCUUUUGCGAUGGGAGGUUGAGCCAAACCGUGACUGAUGAAGUGAAGGCGGUCUGACUGAACUGACAUUCUCAGCCCGUCAGGGCAAUGAAGUAAACAGGAAGUGGGUGUCUGUUGUUGUAUAUUUAAAUGAAUAUUUGUGCUUAAAGACAAGUCUGCAUCACUGCUGGUACCAGUUAACUUAAAAGCUUUUUGUUUUCUAAACUUUAUUUAAUAAUAUAAACCUGCAUAUUUUCAUGCAGAUUUUGCAAAUCUGUGUACAAGAUUUUCCUGAAAUGGAAAAAAAAAAGAACCUGUGGAGGAUUAGUGAGAGACACCCAUAGCAUGUCGAAGAACAGAAAAGUAUGUUAUUAAAAACGGGAGCGCGGUCAGAGUGCGGCAAAAAAUAACAAAGUUCCGAGGGAGCAUCUUGACGUUCAAAGCAUUUCUGAGCCCACCGUCUGUACGAGUCCCCACACCGAGGGGACCCCUCCGCCAAGAUACAAACCACUUCAUGUACUGUACUGCAUGUUUCCUCUGGUCGCCUUUAAUCAUGGACACUUCAGUGUGAACUCUACUUAACCUGAGAAUUGUAUUUUACAGUUUAGUGUGUGAAUUGUGUCGCAGAGACCAGUAGUUUUUUUGUUUUUGUUUUUUUGUUUCCGUGUAGGAGAUGAAAUGUGUUACCUCUUGAAUGUAUCUCAUCUGUCCCCAUAAAGGUCAAUGUGAUAUUGUAGAAUUCUCAGUGGAGUCGGUACAGAAAUGAUGGGGAUGGUUGAGACUCAUCGAUAAUGAAGCUGCAUUAACGACAUCCCUCUACGACUAUGUAACUUUGUAGGAUAAAAACAAAAAUGCCUGUAUCUGGGGAGCAGGUGCCUUUUUAAUGCACUGUAGUGUUCUUUGGUUGUGUUUUUUUGUUUUGUUUUUUUCUGGUUCUGUUUUUGUGCAUGUUAACAAAAAGGUUUAUUUCGUGUGAGAAUCCAAAAGAACACUGUAGAUUGUAACUUAAAAAAAAACAACAACACACACACACAAGAGAACUUGUGGUCAUAAUAAGAAGAAUCACCAGCUACUAAAAAAAAAAGUCACUUUUUUUUGUUUUUGCUUUCUCGGAGCAAAGCACAAUUGGCAUUAUUGGAUUUUCUUUUUAAAUAAAUUAAUGAUAGAUUAACAA